AUGGGUCAUUGGCUUCUCGCAAAUAGCACCAACGGGAAACCGAACGAUGGAGCACAAAAGGAGGCAGCUGCUAGGUUUGGUGUGUCGAGGCGAACGGUGCGUCGUUUCUGGAGCAAAACAAAACAGAAAAUUCAGUCAGGUGCAGCAGUGAUAUUCACAUCAGCUCACAAAGGUACAGUUCACAAAGAUAGGAAAAAACUUGAUGUUGAGAAGGUUAAGUCAUUGUCCAUUCUUGAGAGGUCUACAAUUCGUAAAAUGGCUGUCAAGCUAGGGGUUAGCAAGAGCUUACUUGGGCAGUUGAUAAAAAGAAAGGAAUUAAGACCACAUACAAGUGCAAUCAAACCACAGUUGACUGAUGUAAACAAGAUAGCAAGGAUGAAGUUUUGUUUAAGUAAUGUAGUCUAUGAUGGAGCAAUGUCGAGGUACAGUUAUCAAAGCAUGCAUAACGUUGUUCAUAUAGACGAGAAAUGGUUCUAUAUGACCAAGACAUCGGAUAGGUAUUACCUACUCCCUGAAGAAACAGACCCUUACCGAGCAUGCAAGUCUAAGCGUUUCAUCACAAAGGUGAUGUUUAUGUGUGCUGUCACUAGGCCACAAUUUUCAGCAGAUGGGCAGGAGCUAUUCGAUGGAAAGAUUGGAAUCUUUCCAUUUACUACACUCGAGGCAACCAAGAGAAAAUCGAAAAACAGAGCAAAGGGUGUUUUAGAAGUGAAGCCAAUUCAAUCAAUAACCAAAGAUGUCAUCAAAGAGUGCAUAAUUAAACAGGUUAUACCAGCAAUCAAAGAGAAGUGGCCAAAAUCAGAUCAAGUGAAGCAUAUCUUUAUUCAACAGGAUAAUGCAAAACCACAUUUCAACAAAGACGAUCCAGAUUUUCAGGCUGCUGCCAACAGCGAUGGAUUCAACAUUGAGCUAGUUUGCCAACCAGCCAACUCACCUGACGUAAAUGUCAAUGAUUUAGGUUUUUUUAGGGCUAUACAAUCACUGCAGGAUGACAAGAUGGCAAAAACUGUUGAAGACCUAGUGCAGAAUGUGUUGAUUUCUUUCGAAAAGCUUUCAUCAGUUACACUCAACAAUGUCUUUGUGACAUUGCAAGGGUGUUUAACUGAGAUUAUGCGAGUUAAAGGAAGCAAUGACUACAAGAUUCCACACAUAAACAAAUCAAGACUCUUGAGGAUGGGAAUGCUGCCAGAAUGCAUAGAAUUGGAUGAAGGACUUAUCAAAGAUAGCCUAACUCAUGUGAUGCAGUUUGAUGUGAAUGCAGGCACAAAUUAUGACAUUGGAGGGCUUAUACAUCAUUUUGGAUUUGGCUAA